AUGCCACUCACAUACGCUGGAAAGUUGGUCUUGGCCCCCAUGGUUAGGGCGGGGGAACUGCCAAGUAGAUUACUAGCUAUCAAACAUGGAGCUGAUUUGGUUUGGUCGCCUGAAAUCGUUGACAAAAAAUUAAUUCAAUGUGAAAGGAAAUGGAAUGAUCAUCUUCAAACAGUGGAUUUCAUCGUCCCCUCCAAAAACAACAAGGGAAUUGAGACCGUCGUAUUUAGAACGUUCCCACAAUUGGAAAGUGGGAAAUUGAUCUUUCAACUGGGAACUGCAUCGCCUGAUUUGGCAUGUCAAGCUGCUUUGAAAAUUAUAGAGGAUGUAGAUGGAUUGGAUGUUAAUGCAGGAUGUCCUAAACAUUUCUCUAUACAUUCAGGGAUGGGGGCUGCUUUAUUGCAAACACCAGAUAAGUUGUGUGAUAUCUUGAAGAGUUUAGUGGAGAAGAUUGGUGCUCCCUUUAAGAAGCCAAUUAGUGUUAAGAUUAGAAUCCUAGAGGAUGAACAAAAGACCUUACAAUUAGUGGAGAGACUUUGCUCAACAGGGAUAUCCAAUUUGACUGUACAUUGUAGAACAACCCCAAUGAGAAAUAGGGAAGAUCCAAUAAGAGAUUAUAUUCAUGGGAUCUUUAAGAUUUGUCAAAACCAUAAUGUUUCUUUGAUAAUGAAUGGUAUGAUUAAUAAUAAAGCUCAUUUUUUGCAAAUACGUGAAGAGAUGAAGUUGUCUGAUCAAAUUGGAGGCAUGAUAGCUGAUUGUGCCGAAAGAAAUCUCAGUGUAUUUAAAGAUGGAGAACCUUUACCUUGGUAUGAAACUUGUAAGGAGUAUAUUGAAAUUGCCAAGAAAUUUGAAAACAAUUUAGGUAAUACGAAGUACAUGUUGACACGUCUCGUUCCAGGUAAAUCAAAAUUCUUCCAAUUAUUCGCAAAAUGUAAGAAAAUUGAAGAAAUUGAUUAUGUAUUAACGAAAAUUGGACCUCAAGGUGAACUGCUAGAGGAUCCAACACCAUAUUUACAAGAGCAAAGAAAUAUUGAAGCAUUAGCUAAAAAGAAAACUAACGAUUUGAAAUCUCAAAAGAAUCAAGAAAAGAAGAGGAAAGAACCCAAUGAAAAAUAUGAUACCAUAAAUAAAAAAGUUAAAAUAUGA